AUUUAUAUUGUGCCACUUGAAAUAAUUCCGUUUUCGCUGCUACCUUAACUCUGCUAUGGAGAGCGUCCUUCAUUAUAAAAAGGAAUUGUUUUAAUGAGAAGUUUCUCAACUAAUACUUUGUAUACGAAGUAAAGUAUAAGAGAACUUUAAAGAAAUCGGAAUGACAAAACGAGUCUUGCAAAAGCCUGCGUGGAAAGAGGCAUUGGGAGCCUCAAUGUGAUCGAAAAGGCUUAAGUUAAUGCCUGAUAAAGAUAACCGCUUUUGUUGCCCUGUGGCUGAUUGUGACAGCGAGUCGUAUGGAAGUAAAAGAGGGUGUAGAAAACAUGUCUAUAACCGUCAUGGAUGGUUUUAUUAUUUCGAUAAAAGACCGAAUAUCGACGAAGUACUUCCCCACUUCAGUACGAGAAAUCGCAUAAAAGAUCCCCAAAGAAAGCGCGCCUGCACAUUUUCAAUGCCGUCUUUUGCUAAAACAUGUAAUUUGGCGGUUGCAUUUAGGACAUGGUUAAAAAGUCCAGGUGGUGGUGGUAAAGAUCAUUCUCAGGCCGAUCAAAUAACUUGUAAAGUUUUAAAGUAUGCCAAAUAUUGCUGCGAGGAUUCUCCUUCGGUAUGGGAAGUACCAUUCCCUGUUAUCGACUACUGUGUUGGCUCUAUUAAUAUGCUUUCUGAUUUCGUAGAUUUUUUGAGAGACCAAUGGAAGGUUGGCUUCUCAGGAAUAAUUGGCUACAUGAAUGCUAUUGGGCACAUGCUUGAUUACAGACGAAGCACAGGUACGACUGAAAAAAAUUUGUCGGUAUUUGUUGCUGCAGAGAUUUAUUUGCACCGUGUUAAGAAAUUCCUCCUUCGUAAAAUGAAAGCUGAAUGGAAGUGUAUCUUAAGUGUUGAAUAUCUAAACAGUAUAGACUGUUGGGCGACACUAUAUGAUUUACAAAAGGUGAUACCAUACCAUAGUGAAAAAUAUAAACAACUUGUGUUAAAUGCUAAAAACGCAAGUGCAUGUGUCGCAGCACACGAUUUAUCAUUUUCGACUUCCUUCAUAGUAGCUGUAUUAUUUUUAAUGGUGAAGGCUUCAAGACCCAUGACGUAUCAAACUCUUACAGUAACAAUGAUUAAAGGCGUGAAAGAGGAUGGUUUUAUAGAUCAGAAUGUCUUUAAAACUGCGGAGAAAUACGGAUUUGACUCUCUUUAUUUUUCCAUAGAUGUACUCACACUAAUAAACGAAUACAUUGACAAUGUACGACGAAGAUUGAACCCCACCAACGAUUAUCUACUAGUGUGUCGAAAUGGUAAGCAGUUGACGCGUAAUUCGGACGUAUUCGGUAGAAUUGUUUAUCAAGCAAUUGGUAAGUAUAUAAAUCCUACACGAUAUAGGCAAAUCAUCGAAACCGAAAGUGUUGCACACUUAGAAACAAAAGAACAAGCAAUUCUUUCUCAAGAUCAAAAACACACGUCGCAGGUAGCUAAAGUUCAUUACCAGAAGACUGAAUCGCGCAAUAUAGCUGCAAAAGCCAGGUUAUGUAUGGAUAAAUUACGAGAUCAAACAACGUGUACUUUAACUGUAAGCGAAAUCAAUAGUAACACCAAAAAUGUGAAAACGUCUGGAAGUACUUUGGAACACGAAACACCUGUUCAAACGAGACAGAAAAAAGUUAGUUUUAGUGCCAUGGAGGACAAGUUUUUACAAGCUGGGCUACAAAAAUAUGGCAAUGCAAAAUGGACUUCCAUUCUCGCAGAUCCUAACUACUCCUUUCAUUGUAGCCGUAAAGCUAGUACAUUGGCGGUUAGAGCGAAGACAAAAAAAUUUAUAUAA